UGCGCGCACUUGGGAGGGGCAUCCGCCGAAUGGGGCGAGGGGACGCGGAUCCGCGGGGAAGGGGGGAUUCCCUGAUUCCCGGGCCCGCGGCGCUAAGCGCGGCGGCGGCGGCGGCGGCACUGUUGGCCGCCUUGCUCCUGCUGUGGCUUGAGGACGCGGGGCCGGGGGCCGGCUCCAGCAUGGCCAAGACUGAGGCGCUGCCGAAGCUUCGGGAAGACUUCAGGAUGCAGAAUAAAUCUGUCUUUAUUCUGGGGGCCAGCGGGGAAACCGGCAGAGUGCUCUUAAAAGAAAUCUUGGAACAGAACCUGUUUUCCAAAAUCACGCUCAUUGGCCGGAGAAAGCUCACCUUCGAUGAGGAAGCUUAUAAAAAUGUGAAUCAAGAAGUGGUGGACUUUGAAAAGUUGGAUGACUACGCUUCUGCCUUUCAAGGUCAUGAUGUUGGAUUCUGUUGCCUGGGUACCACCAGAAAAAAAGCCGGGGCGGAAGGAUUUGUUCGUGUCGAUCGAGAUUAUGUCCUCAAGUCUGCGGAGCUGGCAAAAGCUGGAGGCUGCAAACAUUUUAACUUGCUGUCCUCUAAAGGAGCUGAUAAGUCGAGCAAUUUUUUAUAUCUGCAAGUUAAGGGAGAAGUGGAAGCUAGGGUUGAAGAAUUACAAUUCGAACGUUACUCUGUGUUUAGGCCUGGAGUUCUCUUGUGUGAUAGGCAAGAAUCUCGUCCAGGUGAAUGGUUGGUUAGGAAGUUCUUUGGCUCCUUACCAGAAUCUUGGGCCCAUGGGCACUCUGUGCCGGUGGCGACUGUGGUUAGGGCAAUGCUGAACAACGCAGUGAACCCAAGUGGCAAGAAGAAGGAACUGCUGGAUAAUAACGCCAUCCAUGACCUGGGAAAAGCCGAUGAUUCUCUCAAGCCGUGACCACACUGGGGAAAUGCUUCCCUCUGUAAAAUGCAACACUCCCCACCUAAUUGGUACUCUCGGUGUCUAAAAGAAGUCAUUGUGUCUUAACUGCGGUUUCACUAUUCUCAGCUGCCCAGAUCCAGUAAAAAAAUUAUUGUGUUCUGCAUCA